CUCCUUUCCUCCCCGCCUUUCCCGCAUCAAUCUGCACCGUCCAUCCGCAAAAUGGGUCCCAUUCUUCUCAAUCAGAGCACGCCACGUGCACGGUGUACAUUUUUAUAAUUAAUGCCCGUUAUUAUUAUAUGUGGACUGGACCGUCAUGUACUAAGUCGCCGGGUCGGACUCGGGGCAACUGGCAAGCUUCGUUUUCGUUCCCCUAUUUAUUUUCUGGAAACCCAUUUCUCCCUUUUUCCCUUUCUCUCUUUCCGUUCUCAUUUUCUUCUUUUGUUAAUUUUUUUUUCCUUAAAACUUUUUUUUGCGCUUUUUUUCUUCCGUCUCGGCCAUGUCGACGGUGGCGGAGAUGGAACCUCUGACGUCCGGCGCGAGCAAUCGCAUCAUCCCGAUCCUCAGAGUCCUGAGGAAAUCCCUCAUUUUCAUCCAAUCGAUCUUCCUCGCCCUCCUCCUUGUCCUCUUCCCGCGCCGCCGACCUUCUUCUUCGUCUACGUCGGCGGAUUCGUCCGCCUCCUCCAACUCCUCGAAGCGCCGAUCGAUGUGGAGGCUGGAGGAGGAGGAUACCUUGCGGAGGAGAGCCCUUGCCGAGGUCAUCGAUAUGACCGUCGACGGUGACACUCGGUGCCGGUGGAGCACCUCUUUGUUCUUCGGCGUCAAACGGAAUGCUCUGUUCUGCCGCUCCUGGUUCCCGCUUCACGACGAUUUGAAGGGAAUUUUGGUCAUCAUCCAUGGGCUUAACGAGCACGGUGGAAGGUAUGCUCACUUUGCGAAGCAGCUAAACUCGUCGAACUUUGGAGUCUAUGCUAUGGACUGGAUAGGUCACGGUGGAAGCGAUGGAUUGCACGGAUAUGUUCCUUCUCUCGACCAUGUCGUUGCAGAUACUGGGGCUUUCUUGGAGAAGAUAAAGUCUGAUAACCCUGGAGUACCGUGCUUCCUUUUUGGUCACUCAACUGGAGGAGCUGUGGUUUUGAAGGCAGCUUCAUAUCCUCGUAUUCAAGAGAUGGUGGAGGGCAUUGUGCUAACCUCGCCUGCUUUGCGUGUUAAGCCUGCACAUCCAAUUGUUGCGGCCCUGGCUCCUAUUGUUUCGCUGAUCGCCCCAAGGUUCCAGUUCAAAGGAGCCAACAAGAGGGGCAUUCCAGUCUCGAGGGACCCUGCAGCACUGCUGGCCAAGUACUCCGAUCCAUUGGUCUACACCGGUCCCAUACGAGUCCGAACGGGCCACGAGAUACUACGCAUCUCAUCCUACUUGAUGCGCAACAUCAAAUCCGUCACGGUUCCAUUCUUUGUUCUUCAUGGAACGGCUGACAGAGUCACUGAUCCCUUAGCAUCACAGGAACUCUACAACGAAGCCGCCUCCAAGUUCAAGGACAUUAGGCUCUACGAAGGGUUCUUGCACGACCUUCUCUUCGAACCGGAGAGGGAGGAGGUUGCACAGGAGAUAAUCGACUGGAUGGAAACGAAGCUUGCUGCUGGAUUCUGAAGAAAUAAGUGUUUAUAGACGUUGGGUAGACUAGUUUGCAGAUGCGAAGUAGGUGCAACAGCUGCUAUCCUACAAGAUUUAGGAACCCACAAGGCUGCGUUUGGCAAAACGUUUGUUUCUUGGCCUUGAAUGUGACAGUUUCUUUCUGUAAAUUCUAUCCUACAGUCGUAAUAUCUAUUUUUUUAGCUGCUACACUUUGCCAACUGUAUGUAAAAUUGUCUUUCUGCUUCUGCUGAAACUAGUAGCAGAAGAACAGUAUAAAGACACUUCCUUUCAGUUGAAAAAAAUGUGAAGAGCUCAAAGGCUUUUUGUAUUAGGCUUUGAAUUUACGAACCUCCAGCAGACCCAACCCAUUAUCUUCUUAAGCUCACCAUGGGCCGUCCUCAAAGGCCCACUACUCAACAGAUCCAACCGAAUCCUCCAUUUUCCGGGCCGCGGAUACCAGAACCAACUCAUACUUCUUCACCAAAUCAUCCAGUGUCCAUCUCUCCACAGGAUCAACGCUGAACCCCCCACUCGAUCACGCACCCUGUCCCGUCAGGAACGAUCUCGACCGUCGAUUCGUACCCAUUGAACCCAAUGUUGAGUCCACCAUCUCGUAGCUCAGAACGCGCGCCGGCGUGAUCGACGGCGGUCAAUCUCUCCUUCGACCAGCUCGCGACCUGGCCAGCCGAGCAGCCGCCGGCGACAGGGAUGGAGAAGCCGGAGCAGUAGCGGAUGCAGCCUGGCUGGCCCGUUGGUGCCGAUUCAUUACACAAUCUUAUCAAUUUUCGUUACAAUCUAAAGAAGCCCAACUAAUUACUAAGUAUCCCAAACUUCUUUACCACAUUUUCUCAUCGACAUGGCUCCACAGACGUUGCUUUACAAAUCCACACAAAAAAAAAAAAAACCAUUAUUUGAUCAAAUCAACAUCACUAUGAAAUGGACUAACUAGCUAGCUAUGUACAGACUUUUUAUAUAUAGGAGCACAUCCGAUCCGAUGGUUGAUGCUGUUGGAGUGAGUGAUGAGCUGACUGUAUAAAGCUCUGAAAUGUGCCCUUGUGCUUUUGCAGAAUCGAAAUAAAAUACGGGUAAUCAGUCAAACUAAUUAAUUAGCUGAUAUCCGUGGUUGAUGGAGUUAUCCAACAACAGUACCCUUUUUGGAUUACAUUAUUGCAUGAAAAUUCCCCAUUGGAUUCCUGUUCCCGUUAUGAUUACAAACCCACUAAGCUUGGGUGGAAAAAGAAGAAGCUUAGCUUGUUUGUAAUGUAAACCCUUCUUUUGGACCAUGGGAUGAUUUUUAAAUUCAAAAAGAGUUGGGUUGUAAUGGAGGGGAAGAUGUAGGGCUAAAGUAAGGUUGCACCUUUAGUUUUAAGGGUGCAUAUUAUUUUUUAUAGUCAUUUUAAGGAUAUAAAUAUAAUUGUGUUUUGUAUUAUGUAAUUGAAGGUGGUCAUCGAUCGAUUUGGAAUAGGAUCGAAAAAAAUAACGCAAAAUGAGAAUCAGAUGAAAAGCACGUUGUAGAAAAAAAACAAGGUUACACUAAUAUAUAUAUGAUUUUCUUAUAGAAAUCUUCGACAUAAAUAUUUGCUUUUUACAUUCCCUAAUUUAAUCAAAGGCGGGACAAAAUCAAAUCGAAUCAAAUAUAAAAGUAGAUGAUGAUCAAAUCGGACCAGAAACAUGUUUAAAGGCUAAAGAUGCACAUUUAGUUUUGAGGUUAUAUUUUAUUUUAUAUUUUUAUAAUAAUUCAAAGGGUAUAUUUGUGAUAUAUUGUAUUAUUAUACCUAACUUGGAUUGGACCUCCUGCCGAAUUCCCCAAUUAAUAUAUAUGCACAUUAUGUUCCCGUUUAUCCUCUUUUUUUUUUUUUUGUGUGUUGUUAAUUGGUUUCUUAAUGGGCUCCACUAACCGGCCUGUUUCUCCCUUUCACUUCCAGACUCCUCCAUGGGCCUGCCCCGGGCCCGUUCGAGUUCCUUUCUUAUUGUUUAUGUAUUUUUUGUGGAUACGGAUAAUCUAUACUUUUCCUUCAAACUUCCAUUAAACCCGCUACUUUAGCUCGAAAUUUUAGAAAUUAUCGUUACAUUCACUCUAAAGUACUAGUCAACAGUUAUGACUUGGGCCAAGUUUUAAAAAAUGACCUGAGGAUGAAGCGACGAGGCUUCACGGGUUAUUCCAUGGAUUCACUCCCAUGGCAAAUACAUCAACACAUUCAGGUUAAACGGACCAGAGGCAACAAAAAUGACGUGGCCAAAUCAAGAAACCAUCCACGGGCCAACACGACACAAAAUCAUUAUGACACAACAUGAGUACGGACGCAAAAUAUAUGAGACGGUUCAACACGAGCACGAAUACUUUACAGGCUAUAAAUCAUGGAUAAGAGCACAAGUAUGGGCACAACACAGUCUAUACAUGAUGGGCCUAAUAUUUCCUUACGAGUGUUAGAACGUGACAAACCAAAUACUUCUUUCAUAAAACACUAAAGAUAACUACACAAGUAAUAAGUUAUUGUAUUUAGG